UUCCUAAAUAAUCCAAGAUGUCUUUGGCUGACGAACUGCUGGCUGAUUUGGAGGAGAACGAUGACGCGGACAAGUUUAUGGAAGAAGAUGAGCCGGAAUUUAUUCCACCAGCAACCGUAACGAAGCCGAUUGAAGAAGAAGUCAAAGUUGCUUCCGUUCGAGAACUUGCCAAAUUGUGCGACUCUCCACAGCUCCAGAAAGUCGUUUCUCUUAUAGACAGCUAUGGCAAAAUACCGAGAAAGUCAGCCGACAUAGUAGGUCCGGUUGAAUCUGACCCUGAGUAUCAGCUCAUCGUCGAGGCAAACAAUAUUGCCGUCGAUAUCGAUGACGAAAUAGCCAUCAUUCAUAGAUUUACAAGGGAUAAAUACUCAAAAAGAUUUCCUGAGCUGGAGUCGCUGGUAGUUGGUCCAUUGGAGUACGUCAUGACGGUUUGUGAAUUGGGGAACGAUUUGGAUCGAGCUAAGAACAAUGAAAAGUUGCAGCAGUUCUUAACUCAAGCUACUAUCAUGGUGGUGUCGGUAACUGCAUCUACUACUCAAGGCCAACUUAUGACUGAAGAGGAAAAAGAGGCAAUAUGUGAAGCCUGCAAUAUGGCCGUAGAACUGAACAAUUGCAAGCUGAAAAUAUUCGAAUAUGUCGAAAGCAGGAUGGCUUUCAUAGCACCAAACCUUUCUAUAAUCGUCGGAGCUUCGACCGCGGCAAAAAUCAUGGGGAUUGCUGGCGGUUUGACAAAACUAUCUAAAAUGCCAGCUUGCAAUCUCCUGGUGUUGGGCUCCCAAAAAAAAAUGCUUUCGGGAUUUUCCCAGGUAGCUGCCCUCCCCCAUGCCGGAUUUAUUUAUUAUUCUGACAUAGUGCAGGACACACCGCCUGACUUGCGGAGAAAAGCAGCGAGGCUUGUUGCCACAAAGAGUAUGCUGGCUGCGCGAGUCGAUGCUUGUCACGAGAGUACAGACGGUCACAUUGGCCAAGCGCUAAGGGACGAGAUAGAAAAAAAAUUGGAUAAGCUGCAAGAACCCCCGCCAGUAAAAUUCAUAAAACCUCUUCCUAAACCAAUCGAUCCUGGUCGAAAGAAGCGAGGCGGUAAACGUGUACGAAAAAUGAAAGAACGGUAUGCGAUCACGGAAUUUCGAAAGCACGCAAACCGGAUGAACUUUGCCGACAUUGAGAAUGACGCUUAUCAAGAGGACUUGGGUUACUCCAGAGGGACUAUUGGCAAAACGGGAACAGGCCGUAUCAGGCUACCUCAAAUUGAUGAAAAAACGAAGGUGCGGAUAUCAAAAACACUUCAAAAAAACUUGCAGAAACAGCAGCAAUGGGGCGGCAGUACGACAGUCAAAAAGCAGGUGUCCGGUACUGCAUCGAGCGUUGCCUUCACCCCGCUACAGGGUCUGGAAAUCGUGAAUCCUCAAGCAGCAGAGAAGAGAGUCAACGAAGCGAACGCGAAGUACUUUUCAAACACUGCAGGUUUCCUCAAAAUAAAAAAGUCAUAAUUUACCUAUAUUAAUCAUUUUCGCUUCGUCACCGCUAAAAAUAAUGACGCUCAUAUAAUUCUACCAUUCGGAGUAUAAUUACGUAGGUAAGAGUACAUUGUCUUUGAUAUAAAAGAAAAUAAUGAUGAUAAAGAUA